CGCGGAGACCAUUUCCUCUCGGCAAGCAGAAGGCCCCUCUCUCUCUUGUUUCCUUGCUGCCACACGUACGCACACAGCUAUACAAAUAAACACACAUGAUCGACAGGGCGCAAACUAGCGUCAAGUCCACGCAGCGUUUUUGGAAUUGUCGACAACUCGAACCGCAGCAGCCCAACCCGGAUGCUCCCCGCCGCAGUCACCCCCAUGGACCACCGUCGCUAGUUUGUCGCAGCCCGCUUGGUCGACGCUUUUCUCGGGCUCUGAUGGUACCAGCUGAACAGUGAGCGCUACCUGCCUGAGGACACCUGCCGCCCACUUCCUCUCAUCAUGUCUGGGAUUCACGCGCCGUGGUCGACAGGCACAGAGUGCGUCGCCAAGUACAACUUCCAGACGGCCAACGAACAGGACCUGCCUUUCUGCAAAGGAGAUGUGCUGACCAUCAUCGGAGUCACCAGGGAUCCGAACUGGUACAAAGCAAGGAACAUCGUGGGCAGAGAAGGAACCAUUCCAGCAAACUAUGUCCAAAAGAGGGAAGGAGUCAAAUCAGGAGGGAAACUCAGUCUUAUGCCUUGGUUCCACGGGAAGAUCACUCGCGAGCAGGCCGAGCGGCUGCUCUACCCUCCUGAGACAGGCCUAUUUCUGGUCCGCGAGAGCACCAACUACCCGGGCGACUACACGCUCUGCGUCAGCUGCGACGGCAAGGUGGAGCACUACCGCAUCAUUUACCACAACGGCAAGCUCACCAUCGACGAGGAGGAGUAUUUCGACAACCUCAUGCAGCUGGUGGAGGUGAGCGGGGGAAAAGGGGAAUGGUUUUUUUUUUUUCUCAACGUAAAUUCAAUUGAAGUGAGACUGAUGUCUGGUGUCCCCGCAGGCGGCUGGGCCCUGAACAGGAAGGAGCUGAAACUCCUGCAGACCAUCGGCAAAGGAGAGUUUGGAGAUGUGAUGGUGGGCGACUAUAGAGGGACCAAAGUGGCGGUGAAGUGUAUCAAAAACGACGCCACGGCGCAGGCUUUCAUCGCCGAGGCCUCCGUCAUGACUCAACUGAGACACAACAACCUGGUGCAGUUGCUGGGAGUGAUCGUGGAGGAGAGGGGAAGUCUCUACAUCGUCACCGAGUACAUGGCCAAGGGCAGCCUGGUAGACUACCUGCGCUCCAGAGGGCGGACUGUACUCGGUGGUGACUGCUUACUGAAGUUCUCACUUGACGUGUGCGAGGCCAUGGAGUACCUGGAAGCCAACAACUUUGUCCACAGAGACCUGGCGGCCCGCAACGUGCUGGUGUCGGACGACAACAUCGCCAAGGUCAGCGACUUUGGCCUGACCAAGGAGGCCUCCUCCAUUCAGGACACCGCCAAGCUCCCCGUCAAAUGGACCUCCCCCGAGGCUUUGAGGGAGAAGAGGUUUUCCACCAAGUCAGAUGUCUGGAGUUAUGGAAUCCUCCUCUGGGAGAUCUACUCCUUCGGCCGUGUGCCUUACCCUCGUAUUCCGCUGAAAGAGGUUGUGCCCCGUGUGGAGAAGGGUUACAAGAUGGACGCCCCCGAUGGGUGCCCGCCCGUGGUGUACGACCUGAUGAAGCAGUGCUGGACCCUCGACGCGGCGGUGCGGCCGUCCUUCCGCAUGCUGAGGGAGAAGCUGCAGCAUAUCCGGGCCAAGGAGCUCUACUUGUGAAGCGGCAGGCGGGCAGGAGGGUGAUGAUGAUAGGGGUGAGGAGUUUGAUUGGGGGGGGUCGGGGGGGAUAACAAACCAAGGGACCACAGCAAGCUUUCCUCCCGCCGUCCCUGGAUGCCCGCCACCUUACCUGAAAGGACCCACUUCUGUUGGUGUUGUAAAGCUUUUGCCCAGUUCACCGCUUUUUUUUUUUUGCUCCUCCUCUUCCUCUCCACCUCUGUUGAACACGGCAUUAAGUGGAGGGGAGGCUGGCCUUUUCCUCCACCUUUGUCAGGUGCUUGCUCUUCCAAACUGCCCCUUUCCCAUCUCUCCCCACCCCCACCCCCCAGCCCCCUGCAUGUCCCACUGCCGCCUCAGUCUCUCGCCCUCCUCUUUUUUCAGGGAGGUUAUCAAACCAGUUUUCUAGUGCCGUAUUUCUUUCUCCCAUUUUUUUUUUUUUUUUUUUUUUUUUUUCCAAUGUCGAAAAAUUUUUCUGGGGUCCAAGAGCCAAGAUGGGCGGAAAUGGAGGAGGGGGCAGUACGAGGACAUGGAGCUGUCUCUGAAUGGUUCAUCAUACGUGGGCUUGUUUUUUAUAUCAAAUAUAUUUAAAGGAUUUAAAAUAAAAAA